AUGGCUGAUGGAAUUCGCGAUUCACCUCCCGGCCAUUUAGACUUAUCGGUUAUUAAUAGAGGUCAGAAAAUUAUUGAUGAAUUAAAAAACUCAGACUUUCCUUCGAAAUACGCACUCUAUGCUGCUGUUCUAACUGGCUUUCGUUCAGUUCGUCUGGCAGCUGAAUGGAUAUCAUCCCGCCUAAAUGAUCCACUUUUCGUCAAAGAUUUUGAAGUCGACUUUCAUGUACUUCUGAGUCUGGGAGGAAACUUUGAAUCGGACGUCUCGUCCUUUUUGUCAGCUGCGCGAGUCGCUUUGGGAUGGGACUAUGUUUGUGAUCAUCGGGCACAAAUCCCUUUGCUUCAUCUGAGAGUCAAACCCCAUGAUGCACUUUAUUUGAAAUCCGUUUUCGUGAAAUCGUUCGGUCUGUCGAUCCCUCUUCUAGUGACUGAUGAAAAGCCCCUGGAGUUCUUAGUGAACACGGACACCUCUGUUGUAUGCAAAUUUUCCGACUCCAAGAUAUAUACUCUACUUCAAAAGCUUUCAGAAACCUUUCUUGAAAACUUGAAAAAAGCUGACGUAAACGUCUGCGUGGUUUCUAAUCCAGGCAAAUUAAAUUAUCCUUUCACAUUAUUAAAAUUCUGUUUAUACUCACAUGAUCCUCGUCUGCGGGAUCCAAGUUAUGAGGUAUUUGAAAUGUUAACAGAUGUAGAAUUCUAUCCAUUUUCCCCACUAAUCAGUUCACAUAUCACUAAUGAUUGUAAUAAAAGCGGUGAUCAGAAAUCUUCAACUUUUAUUGCUUGUGAUACUAAAUUGACAGAUAGUUCAAAUGACAAUCAGUCACAGUGUGAUGUAUCUUUGAAUCAAGUCCCUGCUUGUGUAAUCAAUUCUCCUGGAUGCCGAGAACGUUUUCUAGAACAUUACGUUGGUGACUACAUAUUAUUGUUUGAUUCAGUUUCUCUUACUGAACGACAAGGAUGUCCAGUAGGAAUUAAUUUGUGCACUGGUGAGUCUGGUUUGUUUAACAUAUCUGCUGGUAGACGUAUACCACAAAGUCAAACUUGGACAUUACAUUGUUCCGUCCCACUAAACUUUACUUCUUCAGCUAAAUCAUGCUUCAAACAACAUUGCCCAACUAGUACAAAUAAUGUAAAUUAUAGUGAAGAAUUUAAAAAGUUAACAAGUCAAAAUUCAAGUGUUAUUGCAAAAAAUACAAAUUCAACUUGCCUUGUCCUAUCACCAUGUCUUUCAAAUUCAUCGGAAUAUUCCUCUUCCUUUUUUUCAUCAUCAUCAUCUUCUUCUUCUAGUGAUCCUGUAAAGAGUAAAUCAAGUGUACAAACAUCCAUAACAACCGAUAAUAAUAAUAAUAAUAAUACAGACAAACACAUAUCUGAUAAUCGAUGUGAUUCAUACUUCACUAGUGGUGCAAAUUCAACUUGUCAAAAUGAAUUUCAAUUAUCAUUAAAUAAUGAUGAAUUAAAUGAAGCUAAUUCUAAAUAUACUAAUAAUUAUCAAUCAACAGUUAAACGUCAUACUCAUAAUAAAUCAAGACAAAUCUAUGUUAUGCGACAUGCUGAACGUGUAGAUAUUAGUUUUGGUCAUGGAUGGAUUACUCAAUGUUUCAAUCAUAAAGGAGUUUAUCGUAGAUUUAAUUUAAACCUCCCACCUUGGCUACCUACUCGGGCGGAUUGUCUUGAAUAUAUUUUAGAUUCACCGAUUACCCAAAUUGGUUUAUUUGUAUCAGCUGAAACAGGUCGCGCUUUGGCAGAUGCUGGAGUUUAUUUCACAGCGUGUUAUUGUUCUCCAGCGUUUCGAUGUGUUCAAACUGCUUGUGAAUUAUUAAGAGCUAUGGGUCGUUCGGAUUUAUCAAUUCGUAUAGAACCACAUUUAUUCGAAUGGUAUGGUUGGUAUGUUGGUGGUUGUAUACCAAAAAUGAUGACUGUACAUCAAUUGAAACAAGCUGGUUAUAAUGUAGAUACAAAUUAUACACCACUUAGCUCAUACAAUGAUAAUGAUAAAUAUGAAUCUAUUCAAGGUUAUUGUGAUCGUACUGCUGUGUUAAUUAAGCGUAUUUUAAAUGUUCAUAAGUCGAAAGAUACUUGUUUAUUAAUUGUAGCCCAUGCAUCAUCAUUAGAUACUUGUACACGUCAUUUAGUAUGUCAUAAAUUUAGAAAUAAUUUAUCAUCAGAUGAAUUUCAUCAUCGUACAUCAAUUGUACCAUAUUGUGGUUUAUUAUUAGCACAAGAAAAUCGUCGAUGGAAUUUAAUUAAUCCACCAAUACCAAAUUCAUGUUCAUAUACAAGAAAUAUUGAUUUUGAUUGGAAACAAUUACUUGGACCAUCAUUAUGCAAUUUUAAAUUAAGAUAA